UGAGAUUGCCAUUUGUUCGUCCGUUAAUUUUUCAACCAUUAGAACUUCGGAUCGAGAGAGUGCCAAAGGUUUUGAAUAAUUCCCAUUGCCGGCAAAAUACCGCUCACGAUAGUUCUAUCGUUCUAUCGAUAACAGCAAGCUUGCGGCUUCCAUCUCUUAAUGAUCGGUGAUCCUCAGGAUCUUAAUAAGCUGGCCGUGUUUUCAUAUUUCGCAUUUUCCGGCUACGGCAAGGAAUUCCGGAAAUGGAGACCAACUCAGCCGAGAUGGUAACCUGCGAUAUUUGCAGGAAAUCAAGUCGUGACAGUGGCGACGACACUCUGGUCUUUGGCGAGUGGAUGCGGCGCAUGAAUCUGACGGUGCACUACUUCUGUCUGCUCCUGUCCACCAAUCUGCAGCAGCGGGGCAACGACUCCAGCGGAAUAAUGGGCUUCCUGGUACGUGACAUCCGCAAGGAGGUAGCAGACGCCCAGAAAAGGAUCUGCUGCUACUGUGAAACACCGGGGGCCACCAUCCAGUGCAAUAAUUGUGGGAAGUACUUCGAUCUUGUCUGCACCAUCGUUAAUUGUUGCACGUUGCAGUUCGCUGGCCAGUUCCACAGCUACUGCGGCGACUGUCCGCCGAUGGAUGAAUACAGGCAGCAGUUGGUGGACCAUCCACCCACAGGCGCCACCUGCGACAUCUGCAUGGAGCCAAUUGUGCUCUUCGGGCUCCAUACCGUCGUGUUCCCCGAGUGCUGUCGUCUGGGCUUCGUCCACAAGAUGUGCAUGCGAAGGUACGCCGUUUCCUCGGGCUACUACCUCUCCUGCAUCUGGUGUCGCUCGUCUAAGUUCCGGGACAGCAUACGAUUGCAGGGCAUCUUUGUUCCUGAUCGUGAUGCGGAAUGGGAGCGGCAGAAGGAUGCCUACCGGGAGCUCCACAGGCGAAGCAUUCGCUGCGACGAGAAGGAUUGCCUUUGUAAACAUGGCAGAGCUUACAACAAGAAUAUCUGGUUCAUAUACGCCUGCAAGGUGUGUGGCUCCACGGGGGCACAUGCCCGAUGCUUGGCGAAGUCAAUGCAGCUGGCUAAGGUACCGGAACCCAUCGAGUUCAAGUGCAUCGAUUGUCAGAAGUUGGAGAAGAAUCUGGAGGAGAGAAAUCUGGGGCGGUCUUCCGCCUUAAGCCUGGAAACCAAUAAGGAGGAUAGAGUGGACAACGCGCUCUUCGUGACCAAGGAGGGGCCACAACUGCCAGGCUCCCGAUUCUCCGAAUCCCAGGGUCCCGUGUUCUCCGAGGAUGAGACGGAUUACAGCAUAGAUGCCAGCGCCGUCACAGUGAUUCCCAACGACAACCGGCAAUCCAUUGCAUCCAGCCAGGAUUCCAUGAGCCCUAUGGUAUCGCUACCGCAGGCGGAAGCGAUUGAACUCGAGGACUCGCAGCCACAUCCGUCGUCAGUGAAAUUGUUGGAGUUGCGCGAAUCCUUCAAUUGUCCGGGCGAACCCUUCUUUUAUUUGGUGGUUUACGAGUUCGAUGAGCAUGGCAUGUGCAAGGGUUCCUGCUUGCUGCGCUUCGACGAUCAGGAUCCCAGGAUCAAGGACCGCUCGGAAGAAGCCUUGAGGCGAGUUCAAAUCCGGCCAGAGGAUGUUUGGUUCCGCAACAAGGACUGCGGGCUAUAUGCCAUAGUUCACAAAUACAUGGAUAUGUUUUAACAUACAUUAUAUAAAAUAAGCGUAAAUAUUAAUAUUGAAAUUAAGAAAAAAACAAGUAACGUCAAUAAAAUAAAGCCGAAAUUGUAUAAUGCUUAAAGAAGGCCAUGUCUCAAAUUAAAUUGUUGUCU